AUGUGUGGAAUUUUGGCGAUAUUCAACAUCAAAGGAAUUUAUUAUGAGGUGCGAACUCUAGCAUACAAUCUAUCAAAGAGACAAAGACAUCGAGGUCCUGAUAAAUCUCGUAUCAUUAUUAUAGAAGCUGGCCCAGAUACUUAUCAUAUCCUAGCUCAUGAGAGAUUAAACAUUGUAGAUUUGAGUGACAGAGGAAGACAACCAUUUUAAUUAGUGGAUGAUUAGAAUAUCUAUUACAUGUAAAAUGGAGAGCUCUACAACUAUUGGUCGAUCAAACCAGAACUUGAAAAAAAAUAUUAAUUUAGCAGCAAUUCUGACUCAGAAAUAGUAGGGAUGCUCUAUAAAGAAUAUGGUCCAAAUGGUUUUUGGAAUCACAUGGAUGGAAUGCAUGCUACCAUUCUUUUGGAUAUGAACAAUAACACAUUUUAUGCAGGAAGAGAUCAUAUAGGAAUGAUUCCUUUGUAUUAUGGCUACAACAAAGAUGGGGCCCUAUUUUUAUCAUCCGAAUUAAAAGCAAUUCAUGAUUAAGUAGUUGACGUAAGAUAAUUUCCCCCAGGUCAUUUUAUAGAUCAAACUCAUGAAAUAAGGAAAUGGUACAAUCCCCUUUGGCAUAAUUUUGAUCUGAUACCAAAUGGAGAAAUCAAUUUUUAGGAAAUGAGAGAGAAAUUGAUUGACGUUGUAAGAAGAGAAAUAAAAGGAGAUGCACAAUUCGGUUUGUUUAUUUCUGGAGGUGUUAAUUCUUCUAUUGUUGCUGGUAUUGUUGCAAGAAUGAUUAAAAAUGGAGAAAUCGAUUUGAGUAAGAGAGGAAUGAGUAAAGUUCAUUCUUUUUGUAUUGGUUUGGAAGGAUCCCCAGACUUACAUUACGCUUAAAAAGUAGCUGAUUAUCAUGGAUUUGAACAUCAGUCAAUUAUUUAUACAGUUGAAGAAGCAUUGGAUUAUAUUCCAGAAGUCAUCUAUCAUACAGAGACAUUUAACAAAAAUACAAUUAGAACAGCAACACCUAUGUAUCUGAUGUGUAGAAGAGUUAAGGCUCUGGGGAUUAAAAUAUGUUUAACUGGAGAAGGAAGUGAUGAUUUAUUUGGAGGUUAUCUAUAUUUCCAUAAAGCACCAAAUAGAAUUGAAUUUCAUUAAGAAUUAAUAAGGAAGUUAAAUGAUCUAUAUAAAUAUGAUCUACUCGGAACUAAUAAAGCUUGUUUAGCUUGGGGUAUUGAAACUAGACCACCAUUUAUGAAUAGGUCAUGGAUUGAAUAUGUUAUGUCUAUUGAUCCUAAAUAUAAAAUGGUCAAUUCAUUCCAGCCAUAAAUUGAAAAAUAUGUAUUAAGAAAAGCAUUUGAAGAUUUAGACAAUCCAUAUGUUCCAUAAGAAAUAUUAUGGAGAUAAAAGGAACAAUUCAGCGAUGGAGUAGGCUAUGGUUGGAGAGAUGGAAUCAUAAAAAGGGCCAAUCAAUUAAUUUCAGAUUAACUAUUCUCUUAAGCUUCUAUUACUUAUCCCAUAUCAACUCCCAGAGAUAAGGAACAAUAUUGGUAUAGAUAAGUUUAUUCUUAAUCAUUUCCAUGUGAUAGUGCUGCCUUGACUGUGCCCUAUAGUAAGUCAAUUGCUUGUUCUACUGAAAAAGCCUUAGAAUGGGAUGAGGCUUUCAAAAACAAUAGUGAUGAAUCUGGAAGAGCUGUUGUAUCUGUACACAAAAAUCCAUUAAAAGAGAGCCAGCAAGAAGAGGAGAAAUCUACAGUUAAAACCAUCAAAAUGUAAGACCACCCUUAAAAGUGA